UUCAUACUUCAUUUCAUAGCUGAAUAGCCUCGGAUAGUUUUCCUUUGUUUGAACACCCCGCGUAUUUGAUCAGCCACCAUGGCGGGACAGUUUACCGUGUCUAGGGAACCCUCCGACCGGCAAGAUAAAAAAAAUAUCCGAGAAAUAGUAGCGUUGGAAUGCCAUAGCAGCGGCACAGCGAGCGUUGUUGGGACGAAAACGAGAAUUACAGUUGGAGCCGGUGAUGUAUGCUGCGUAACAGAGUAAAUAUGAGCUAAGUCUUCGGACUGGAAUCAGCUUAGAAGGAUGACUUGGCAACCAGGAUGGAACGGUUUUCUUAGUAGAUCUCACAAAUCUACUCAUCAGGGGCUGUGGAAAUGCCUACCAUGAGAGACCAAUGAAGAAGCAUAUUCAUUCAUCUACCAUCACCAUCCCGUCGUCUCGCUUGUCCGCCACACGGACAAAAACACGGUAUAUACGUCAUCUAGGAUUUCUCACUGAAUCCUUCAUGCCAGUUCACACGACUACCCUCUUACACAAAAGCCCAAGCAGUUAUCCUGGACAAGUCCCGCAGUACGAACCACCGAAACAGUAGAUAGACUUGGCCCAGUCCACCACCGCCCGGACUAACACAGACAAAAACAAUACAACCACUCACACUCUAUUGUUUGUUUUCUUUCCCAUCUCCCAGCCAGCAAAACCCAUCCAGAGCCAAGCCACCUGCCUCGUUGUGCGUUUCACUCAUAUACCCACCCACUUCUCACCCUCCCCAAUUCCCUCCUCCACGCACCCUCUCUGUCAACUACCGCCCGUUAUUUUCAGCCCCCGAGAAGCAUACCACCCCCAAUUCUUCAACAUGGUAGCCGCCACCGCUGGCGGCUGGUUCCCCCCCCGCCUCCCAACCCCCUUUGUCUACCCAUCCUCAACAGUAGGGACCUCAACCUCGUCGAGCCGUCGCGGCGGCGGCCGCGGCGGCGGUGUCUACACCGAACUCAACAGAAGCCAUUCCUCUCCCUCUCCCCACCCAUCAACCCCCAACCCCUUGCUCACAACCCCCACCCCUGAACCUGACAACAACUCGAGGGGGUUUCUACUACCGGAAUCAGAACCAAGGAUACCACCCCGAAAACCGAUAAUCAUGAACAGCAGAGAAAAAUACCGGCAUCACAACUUCCCGCCUGCGGCGCCGAAAUCGUGGAUAAAGUACAUUAUCUUGGUCACGGUACUGCUAGCAAUGGACGGGAUCAUCUCCCUUGCGCUCGUCUCAUCAACCGUGUCUUUUCUCCAUAACUACGGAAAGGGACCCUUCGAGAUGGGCUACCCGUUGGGUGUGUCUGGCUUCCUGCUCUCGGGACACCCGGCCGGGUUGGUGACGAACCAUGGGCAUGCUGUCAAUGCGGCGGGUGGGACGGCGGUGGUGGUAGUUGGGGGAGGGGGGGUGUUGGGCUUGUGGGGGUUGUGCAGGUUUCAUUCGCGGAGAAGAAAAGACUAUGCAAACUACACUCGUUCCCCACCGCCCAAGGUUUUUCAGGCCUGGGCUGUUGUUGUGGUCUUGUCGUUUUUGCUUUCGCUUGGGGCGUUGGCGUACACUUUUGUCGAGACGAGGCGGACGAGCGGGCAGAGUAUUGAUCCGAAUGUGGCCGAGGAGUACCAGUUUCCGCGGUUGUAUCCUGAUGAUAGGUGGACGCCCGAGACUUGGUUUGAGGCUGUGAUUGCGUUGCCGAUGGAGGAUUCGAGGGAUGAGGAGGUGAUUAGGGAGAAGCUGAGGUUGAUGAGGGGGUGGAAGUGGAAUACUAUUCCCAUGUUUCUGCUUGGGUUGACAUUGGCAGGGUUGGUGGUGAGGGAAGUGGUGUUCUUUGGGGGGUGGGGGUCUAAGGGGAGGAGGGUGAGGGAGGAGAAGAGACAGGAGGAGUUGGGGAUGGCAGGGUUGAAUGGGAUGAGUGGAUAUAGGGGAGUUGGAGAUGGGCCGUUAUGA